CUCCCCCCCCAUCCACAUCCACAUCCACAUCCACAUCCCCCCAUCACAAUCUCCGAAACCACCCACCGCCUCGCCAUCCUCUCCUCCUUCUCCAUCCCCCCCGGCUCCCGCGUCCUAGAAAUCGGCUGCGGCCAAGGCGACAGCACCAUCGUGCUGGCCUCCCUCGUCGGCCCCAGCGGUCACAUCGAUGCCUACGACCCCGGAUCCCCAGACUACGGCUCCCCGUUCACCCUCGGGCAAUCCCAAGCCUUUAUAAAAGCCGGGGCUCUCGGAUCUCGUAUCGACUUUCACCGAACCAUGCCCAUGCCCAAGAGCGACACGAACGAGAAUGGGGAUAGGGAAUAUGAUUAUGAUUUUGUAGUCCUGAGUCAUUGCAUAUACUACUUCUCCUCCCCCGCCAUCCUGCCAGCUUUAUUAAACAACCUGCCGAAAUGCAGAAUCCUCUGUGUUGCCGAAUGGUCCCUCCACGCUUCAACGCCCUCACAGCUCCCGCACGUGCUCACGGCGCUCCUACUCAGUCUGCUGGAAAGCAAGCGUGUGGUUGAGAGUACGGGCAAUAUCCGCACCGUGCUAUCACCGGCGCAGAUCUCGGGUAUGGUACGGGGGACUGGGGUGUGGGUUAUGGAGAAUGAGGGUGAAAGUAGUGGAAGUGGAGGCGGAGGCGGAGAGUUAAAGGUUACGGGAGAGGGUCUCAAGCAUGCGUAUUGGGAAAUCAGAGAUCUGAUGGCGAAGAAAGAGCGGGUUUUAGCGGGCGAGGGAAUGAGGUUGCUGGAGGCGGAGAGGACGGUUGUUGGCGCUAUGUUUGAUGCUAUUGAGCAGGGGGUUCAGCAGUUGGGGGGUGUUGAGGGGGGUGAGGUGUAUGGAUGUGUGGGUCGCGCGGUUUAA